GCGCAUAACCUCUGAAUAUCUCACAACGCUAGCGUUGAAUAAAAAUUUCAAAAACCCGAAAUGAGUGCCACUACGCUACACAAAGUAAUUUUGAUUAUUGGUUUUAUUUCCUUGCUGCAUGCAGCAUACUCAGCGGCUCAGCAUCGAUCAUAUUUACGUAUAACGGAGCAAGAAUUUAUAACAUUACCUGUAGACAUUAUAACGCAAGGUAUUGCAAGUCUCUUCCUAGUCAUGUACGCAGUCAUGUUUAUAGCAGGCGAUUUCAAAGAAAUACGUGCUGCGGUUGACUUGGAAAGUAAAUCAUGGGAAACACUGAGGAACCUGCCAUCUUUUCAGAUGUAUAAUCACCGUGGUAGAUCGCUAUCCCCAUACUAUUUACCACAGGUUCAGAAAUCAUCUCUUGAAGAUAACUUGCUGACAAUGAAUUGAGAACACACUGUUUGGCAUAAAUUAUUUAUGUAUUUAUUAUGUAACAUAACUGGGCACCAUGUCAGUAAAUAUAUGCUUGACAAUAUGGUUUAAAUCACAAUGCACAAAAUUCCAAAAGAUUAAAGCAUCCAAUAAGAAUAUUAGUAUACUCAAUUUUAAAGUUCUAGUGCUGCAGGUGUUACAAUAUUAGAUCAGUAUACCCUCGUCCAAUUUACUAUGUAACAGUAUUUGUCUAACUUUAUGUUCGCAAAGAUUCUGGUGGUAGUGAAUAUAUUAUACAAACUGCAGGGUAAUAUUUCAUUAUGAAAGCAAUUUUUGAUCCAAUAUUUCACUUUACAUUGACCUGAUGUCACGAAAUUAAAAUCUGAAACGAUAUUUUCUCUGUAUUUGUUUUCGGAAAAGUUAUCCAGCAUCUGGCGAAAAUUGUUUACAAAAUUGAGACACGCAUACGUAUCUACUCAGAAAGUAGACUUUACGAUUAGACAGUUUCUCAGUUUUCCGAUCUUUGAUAAAUUCUAAUAAUCCCUGAAAAUUUUGUACAAGUGUCCGGAUAAUUGGGUUGGACAAAUUUAUGUAGAAGCAUUGAUAUUUCUGCAGUUUCUAUGAAUAGUUUUCAUAAUUCUGGUUUGACUGAAAAUAUUCUCUCAGAUACGUCCAGAUGUUUCUAGCUGCAUUUCGGAAAACUUAAUUUCAAAUGUUUACCAUGAAUUUCUAAUUUCUCUCAGAAAUACAUUCCAGUAUUUCAAAUUUUCUCAGAUCUGUGAUUCGAAAUAAAAAUCUGCAUAGUAAGACUUUCCUCUAGUGUUGACUUAAGAUAUACUACAAGGUUCUCUUGAAAGGACCUGCUCGACAAUUACAAGCUAUUCACACCAUCCCGAUUACUGACGAAAAACGCUCUCUCAGGCUCUUCUCUGAAUCUGGUCAUAGAUUUUAGCGUUGGGUAUAGGAUUGAACCACUUAUAUUUCCUAUACCGUAGCUUAAUUACGCUGUGUAAAAUUGAGUUAUUCAAAAGCGUACACACGCCAAAAAAAGCUCGUGUAAAAUACCGCAUGUCGGUUGUGCGCAUGCGCCACAUUGUUUUACCGCAGUUUGAAAAUAGCGCACUUUACGCACGCUCCACAGGCAUCGAAAAUCGAACUUUCCGAGCAGGUGUUGAAAUUAAACGUUAUCCCGCUACAUUUGUUUCUGGUUUAAGACGAAAAUAUUGGAAAUUGUACAAGUUGUUCAUUAAUUUAAGCUGGAGUGACGGUAUUGUCACUUCACAUUUAUGUGAAAAUUAGAUCUCAGGAUUAUGUUUGUAAUGUAAUAUGCACCCUCAUUUCAGAAAAUAUACAUUUCAGGCAUUGUACUCUCAACCAUGAUUUAAAUGACCCACCUAAGUGUUGGCAACUGAUGGCGUUGUGUAGACAUAACUUCUAAUAAAAGGACCCCAAAAGAUCCUAGUAACAAGGGGAUAUUUUGGGAUAUGUUAGUUAGUUUCCUGGAAAAUUUGAAGAAACAUCAAGAACAGUCGAUUUAUUUCAUGAUUGGUUUCUCAUGUGUAUUGCGGCACUCAAUCGUUUUACGAUUUAUAAAUACUACAAUAUAAUGUAUAGCAAUGCUUUUUCAACACCGGUAAAAGACUAUCAUGGCAAUAACUCGUGUUGAUGUACCUAGUUGACACUAAUAUGGACAUUUCAUUAUGAAGCAAAUAAAUAAUACACGUACUCGAUUUUCCUACACUAAUUUGUACUGCUUCAAAGAAAUGAUUAAACACCAACUACCUAAGAUUACAAUAUACACUCGCAAGCAUCACAAUAUACAGACGCAAAUGCUGAUUACUGGUUUCAUCUUGUUGCAAUUACUUCAGAGAUAGUAUGUGCUGAAUUCAAUCCACACAAAGGUAGAAGCACCAGCACUGUUGGAAUAUAUUUUUUUGUUUUUGUUUUUUUUCUUCGGAGUAAUAUUUCAUGUUAUAACUAUAAUUGUCAAAAAUGCGUUGA